CGCGCAACAGGACGCAUGCAACCACUUGAACUCUCUCACCCGAGUCUCUCACUCCUGCGUACAUCACCUGGCUUCAUGGUCGGCGCCUUCCGGGAAUGCGACUGCUCAUCGACACGGCGUAUUUGAAGCCGGCUGCGCAACAAGCGGCCCUUUGCGAAUGCUCGUUCCUCACGUCAUAUCGCGCGCGACUCUCCCAACAGCUUUGCACAACACCAAUCUCGACGCUUCUAGACGCAUAAGCACUCGAGAGCCUGGUCGCCAGUCUCGAUCCAGCCACUCCUGGGCCCGGCCAAGCCGACACACGGUAGACGGUCGCCUGUCGCUCGGCCUUAUUCACCACCACGGCAACGACUCAAGCUGGAGGCGUUGUCGCAUCAGUCGUUCGCGGGGCUCGCGGGUGCUACGGCCAGAGGCCUCCCACGUCCCGCCAUGAACGACAAAGAUCCGCCGCCAUUUGGCUACACCUUCACAAACGACUUCUUCGACAACCCCCCCUCGCAAUACGACAACAAUGGCCAGUCCAUUCUCAGCGACAUGGAGAACCAGCAGCUCGACAACUUCUUCUCUCUAACCAACCCCUUCGACUCGCUCGACUCGCACCAACUGCCACCCGCCCUCGACGCCAAAGCGAGCGCCCACGACUACAACAACUGGGAGGACUUCAUAGCCCCGCCGACAGUACAUCGAGUCACUAGCACCAUACCAGACCAAGCCCGUCCCCAGAACAGCUUCCACCAAGACCAACAAUACCGACACGCAAACUUUCUGGGCAAUACCGAAGAUGAGCUCCAGGCAGCCACGGCUCUCUUCAACCAGGCACAGCCAUCCUAUGCCAACGGCCGCUCACACAGCUUCCAUGGCUUGCCGAGCACGUCCAACACAUUCCCCACAAAUCCUGUCCAUGAUCUGAAUGCCGGUACUCUGCCCUUGGGUCCGCAGCAUGGGCUCUUACACGAACGCUUGGGCGCUCUGGUUCCCAACCACAGCACGCCAGCUAUGGACGCCCACUUUGCGCCGCAAUGGUCAUCGAGCAAAGCAAUGCAACAGCACCAAGCCGAAUUCGGUCCCCCGCUGCAGAAGGUGGACUUGAAGAGGUCAUACGCCUUUGGCACAGACAACUCCUUCGGCAGCCCAUCCGGCUACUCGGGGCCGAACGGUCAUCCAAGCGAAGAGAGUGCGGCAAGGGCGUCGAUACAAGAUCUCGAGGAGACUUCACACCACAUACUACGAGCCGUCGCAGGCAUCCAAGGGCCGAGCACGACUCCUACUGCAUACAAACUGGGACAGCGCGGUGGCGGCGACGACGACGACGAACGAUCCGACGAAGCAACAUCCGAAGACGAAUCCUCUGACCGCCCAGCAAAGAAGCGGAAAAAGAGCCAAGCACGGAAUAGCAACGUCACGCCCAAAAAAGCCGUGCGGAAUGGUAAGGCGCGGAAAAUGGCGACCAUGGCCGAAGACACCAGCAUCAAUAACAACACGAACAACAAGAAGAAGCGGGCACCUGCCACUACGACGCAAAAGACUCAUCGCGAGAACUUGACCGAAGAACAGAAACGCAAUAAUCACAUCUUGUCGGAGCAGAAGCGGAGGGAUCUGAUUAAGCAGGGGUACAAGGACUUGAAUGAGGUUGUGCCUGCCGUGAGGGGUGGGGGGUUGAGUAAGAGCCAGAUUCUUGUCGAGGCUGCCAACUUUUUGGAAGGCUUGAUUGAGGGGAAUGAGAGAUAUCGGGGCGUGAUUGGCUAAUACGUGCCAUGUGGUUGCGAGGUGAUGUGUCCUUGAUUGGGAGACUUCGAACUAACAUCGCGUUCGACGUCAAAGAGUUCUGAGGAGAUGGUCCGUUGCGUAAGAAACAUGUUGUGCAUGCACAUUCACGAAUUACGACGAGAGUAAUCGGCCAUGAUGGGGUGGAGGUGGUGCAUGUUUUCUCGCUCGAUGCUAGGUUGACGACACGGCUCAUUGCAGCAGCAUCGUACUAUGCAUGCCAUCUACGAGUUACGAAGACGAUUCCGUCAUAUCGCAUCAUCUGACACACCAAGGAGGAAGGAGGAUUUGGAGCAGGCAAUCUGCUACAUACACAAAAAACGGAGUUAUGGAGGCUACGAUACCCCAACCAAAGUAAAUAAUCUUCUUGUUUCAUACUUUAUAACCAAAUCUAUUUGUCUACAAUGCAAAUUGUUGUAUAAGUGGGGACCGGUGGUGGACGUCUCUCUCUCGAUGAUGA